AUGUUCCCAGCAGCACCUCAGCGUCGAGCAGCUUUUCAUCGAUGCUUGCGUUUCUUUCAGCAAUGUCAGAUUUCGGGCGCGAACGGUCGUUCUGCACGGAAGAUGGUACUUAUCAUUCGACUUCUGACAGAAACGCCUAAACGAGGCGCAUUCAAUUACCGAGAGGGCCUGGUUGUUGUCGAUAAUCCGCUGGAUGAGGGUACUCGAUCAACGGCUCCGGAAUCAAAACGGUUUCUUUUUUGGGCAGGAACACUGACCGUUUUGCCGCCGUUGAUUCUGAGGCGGCAGCAUGCAAGAAGUCGUGAUGGCCCUUGGGAACGGAGUUCGAGCAGCCAAACGAUCAUUUGA